AUGCGGCUUUCUCUAUUCGGGGCCGCCUUGGGCCUCCUCUCCUACCCGAGCCUAGUCACGGCUCAGACAUACACCAGCUGCAAUCCUCGACAGAACACAUGUCCUGCGGAUACCGCCCUGGGAAAGUCGGCUUCCUACGAUUUCACCUCAGGUAGCUCUUCCGCAUUCGAGUCCACUGGCAGCCCAGCAUACAGUGACGAUGGGGUUGCUUUCACGGUGGCUAAAAAAGGGGAUGCUCCUCUGAUCCAGUCGAAAUGGUAUAUUAUGUUCGGACGAGUUGAAUAUGUGAUCAAGGCAGCACCCGGAACCGGCAUUGUCAGCAGUGCCGUCUUGCAAUCCGACGACUUGGACGAGAUUGAUUGGGAGUGGCUUGGUGGAAACAACAAUCUGGUACAAAGCAACUACUUCGGAAAAGGGGAAACGUCCCCAAACAAUCGCGGAGCAACCCACGACGUUGCCAACAACCACGACGAGUUCCACACAUAUACCGUCGACUGGACUAGCGAGCAGAUCGUGUGGCAGAUUGAUGGAAAAACCGUCCGUGUGCUCACCCCGGAGACUGCCAACGCCAAUCAAUACCCACAGACGCCAAUGGUGGUGAAAGUUGGAAUCUGGGCGGGAGGCGACCCCAACAACGCACAGGGCACGAUCGACUGGGCUGGUGGCGAGACUGAUUACAGCGCUGGACCAUACACCAUGUACAUGAAGUCCCUCAAAGUGACGGACUACUCAACUGGGUCUUCGUACUCGUAUAGUGACAAGAGUGGAUUGUGGACGUCGAUCACCUCGGACGGAGGCAAGAUCAAUGGCAACGUUAAUGCCGACACGAUCUCUUCUGUUCAAUCUGCUCCUACGAUAACCGCCACCGUUAGCAUUCCAAUUCCCUGGGAAGGCACCCAUCGCGAAACUUCAAGUUUUGUGACCCCUGACAUUUGGCCGUGGGUUACUGGUACAGGAGCUGCCACUGCUUACUCCGGUGAUUGGUCCUAUUCAGGUUCUGGGCAAGUUCAGCCGCCGAGUGCGGCUUCCGUGCUCUACCUUCCCGUUUACGUCAGCCUGCUCGCCAUCUGUGCCGGCUUCAUCAUCCCUCUUCGUCUCUAAAACAGACUCGAUAGCCAGCUCGAUAACCCGCGUCAUGACCAGCGCAAUGGCUAGUCCGACUCCUAGCUCGACGAAGAUCAGCCCAACGAAGAUCAGCCAAAGUAUGACGAGUGCGAUAAGGACUAGCUCUUCAUUGACUAGCCCGCCGUCAACACGUCCAACACCAGCCAGUUCGAUGGUGACCAGCUUUUGGAUGACGAGUUCGAAGUUAACAAGCUCAAUGAUGACCAGCUCAUUCACC